GCCCAGCCCCGGGCCUGUGUAGUGCGCCAGGAGGUCCCGGGGAUCUGUCUCUUGCUUCAACAGUGUUUGGACGGAACAGAUCCAGGGACUCUUCUUCCCAGCUUCCGACCACCUUCUAGUCUCUACUCUAGUCGUCAUUUCUGAGACCAUCUUCUAGGCCAUCUCCUGCCUUUUAGGACCAGCCGACACCGUUUUGUGGUUAGCUUCUCAUUAGGACCAACCAUGAGCUCCCAAAUUCGUCAGAACUAUUCUACCGAGGUGGAGGCCGCCGUGAACCGCAUGGUCAAUCUACAUCUGCGGGCCUCUUACACCUACCUCUCGCUGGGCUUCUAUUUCGACCGUGACGAUGUGGCUCUGGAGGGCGUGGGCCACUUCUUCCGCGAGUUGGCCGAGGAGAAGCGCGAGGGCGCGGAGCGUCUCUUAAAGAUGCAAAACCAGCGCGGCGGCCGCGCUCUUUUCCAAGACGUGCAGAAGCCAUCUCAGGAUGAGUGGGGUAAAACCCUGGAUGCCAUGGAAGCUGCCCUGGCCCUGGAGAAGACUCUGAACCAGGCCCUUUUGGAUCUUCAUGCUCUGGGUUCUACCCACACCGACCCCCAUCUCUGUGACUUCCUGGAGACCCACUUCCUAGAUGAGGAGGUGAAAGUCAUCAAGAAGAUGGGCGACCACCUGACUAACCUCCGUAGGCUGGGGGGCCCCCAGGCUGGGUUGGGCGAGUAUCUCUUCGAAAGGCUCACCCUGAAGCACAAGUAGGGGCCUCCAGAACCCAGCAGCCUGGAGUCCCUGCAUCUCCUGGAAUCAGCUUCCAAGCCUCUCCCUCCCGCCACCCACUUGGCAGCUUUCUAACCACCCCGGAACCCUCUCUAAUGCCUUGGACCAAAUGGAAAUAAAGCUUUUGGCAGCA